AUGCGCCCCUUGUUCACGUAUCCAGCCAUAGCCUUCGCUACAUCAGUGUUCGCUGAAACUCAUUACUUCUUCUCCGGUUUCUUCGCAGGGAAAACAAUAGUUGGGGUGGAGUUUGACGAUACGGUUGAAUCUUUAAGGCUUGCGCAAAACAUCACCACGCAGGUAUCAGACGGCUCAAAAUGGAUUGCCAUAGAUGAGCAACGAGAGAAUGUCUAUGUCGGGACGACUGGCUACUUUCAAAGCUAUGCGAUUACGAGCAAUGGGAGCCUGAACUAUGAAAGCAACAUCACACUGUCCUCUGACUGUGCGUGCUCGAACGCAAAUUUCCUCAUUGCAGCUAGUACAUCACCCUACACAGUCUUCGGCGCCCCUUACAGCAACGGUUGUCCUGCGCAAGCCAUUUCAGUCGAUGAAAGAGGCGUGUUGCAAACCACGGUCGCAAAUUUGACCUACGGUAGCUCGGCCGGCGUCCAUGGCCUCGCGUUAAGCCCGGAGAAUAAUUUUGUCUAUUCUGCAGACGAUAUGGGCAAUGCUGUAUGGGUUCACUCAUUUGUCAGCACUACUCGGACUGCGGAGCAGAUUCAAUAUCUUGCAGCACCCACGGGUGCCAAUCCUCGACACCUUGCGGUGCAUCCAAACGGUCGCUGGGUCUAUGUUAUUUACGAGGAGUCAAACCAAUUGGCCGUUUAUAGCAGGAAUAACACCACAGGCAAGCUUACGGAUAUGAACACUACCUACCCUCUCAUCCCGUCCACGUUCGCGAACACCUCCUCCUACUGGGCCGAUGAAGCCCUUUUCUCGAUCCCUGGCGGCAACGUGAGCGGCACAUCCCCGAAAUAUCUCAUUACCGGCACACGGUCUCGCUCGACCAAUGCAACCGGAUACAUCUCGGCAUUCGCGCUUGAUGCAUCAACCGGUGCCAUCAGCGAACAGCUCUUCCUCGUCCCAAGCACUGCUAGUGGUGGAGCAGCGAAUGCGGUAUCUCCUGCGCCGUUUAGUGAGCAGUACUUUGCUAUUACGGACAGUGGGUCGAAUUUUAUUGAGGUGUGGAAGAUUGCGGAUGAUGGGACGGAGGCGGAAGCUGUUGCGCAUUUGGAUCUUGAUGUGGGGCCGGCGAAUGUGGUCUGGUAUAGUUGA